GAUAUUGUUUCGUUGAACACAAGCGUUGUGAUUUCAAGUUCAACGAAUAUUUUAGUGGUGGUUUAAUAAAAUAUUAUAUUUUCUAACGCAUUUUAAAAUUUUAGGGCUAUGCUUCGUUGUUCGGGGCUUCCAUUCCUCCCGGGGAAUACUUUUCCCGAUAUUGGCCAAACAAAAUUCAACAAAUCGCAUCACUUUGAUCGAUGGCGUAACAUCUGUAUGCUGGCCGACCGGAAACGUCCCGGAAUCGGCGGGAAGCAAUACUCGCCAACCGACGGACCCGAGUAUUGCCUUCCGUCGUUGUAUCCACCCCGUCAAGGACCCCUCCUACCAUCCUGGUUAACAUACGACCGGAAGGUUCUUUGCUUCCACGGCUUCUUCCAGGAAACGCUGACCGAAAUUGAUCGGAUUCCGUAUCAGAUUAGGAAGGUGAAAAUCCUCUACUAUCUGGAGGAUGAUACCAUGCAGGUGAGCGAGCCCCGCACCAUGAAUUCCGGCAUUCCGCAGGGUUGCCUGGUAACACGGCAACGCAUUCCCCGACCGCCGCCGUACGAUGGGGAAUUUACCUCGCUGCUCGAUUUGAACAUAAACCACACAGUGCAGCUGUUUGAUCGCGUGUACACUAUCACCGGGUGCGAUGAGUUUACGCGAAAGUUUUUAAACCGGCAGGGAAUAUCGGUGCAGGAGUCCAUCGAACCUCCGAUCGACCCAAGCACUGAACUACGUAAAAAGCAAGACGCUGCCAAGUUAGCCAAAAGACCAGCCUACAAGAUAGAUACCUUGGGCAAAUUCUUGGAAUUUGACCGGAAGGUCUUGCGCUUCCAAGGGUUCUGGGACGACCGCUCCAGUUUAUUUGGGGACGUACACGAACUGGAGGUACUCUACCAUUUGAGUGAUGAUACGUUUGAAAUUAAGGAGAAACUGCCGCUGAACUCCGGCCGCGACUCGAAUGGCAUGUUUCUGCGGAGAGGUCGCCUACCGAAACAUUUCGAGCGGUUACCGGUGAUGGGCGAGAGCACUCCAGUUACCGUGCUCAACGUGAUUGGAGGUGGACUGAAAGGCGGUCGUUACCUGACGGAUUGUGUCGGGAUCGGCAGAGUCGAUGAUAACUACUAUAAGGAUGCUGAUCUGGCAAUAGGAAAAGUCAUAAACGUGUACGGCAGACGGGUAAUCUUGACGGGAUGCGAUCAUUCCACAAGUGAUUACUAUAGAAUUAAGUUUGGCAUCGAAGAUUUCACUCCCAUAUCAGGUUACAGUGUAACGAAGAACGAGUUUGAGCGUCGCUAUCGCAGGGAACGUCAACUGCCACCCUACAACGGAUGGGGAUCGCAUGAAGAUUCAGAAGGAAACUGCAUUACAGUUGAGCCAACGCCUCCGAAGAUCGACUUCCGCAAGUUUGUAGUGUACGAUCGGUGCAACCUUCGCUUCGGGGCUCGCAUGAUUUCAAAUAUUAAAGAAAACAAUGAUAGAUUUUUUGUGAUUACGUACUAUUUGAGCGACGAUACCGUAUCUGUGUAUGAGCUGAUGAUAAGAAAUUCCGGAUUCAUGGGAGGUGAAUUCAUGAAACGCCAAAGAAUUCUUCUACCAAAACAAGAUAUCUUCACGCCUGCCAGGCCACAGUACUUCGCUGCUCAAGACUUUUACCUUGGUGCAAUGGUCGUUCUGCAGGAUCACAAGUUCAAUGUUACGAAUGCCGACAUAUAUGCGCUGUCGUUCAUGGAAGCACAUUGUGAAGAGUUUCCGCUAUCAAACGUUUCCAAAAUCGUCCUGAAAAUACGCAAUGCUUUGCGGCCGAUCUACAAAGAAUAUGUUGCUAAGCACAUGGCUAAAGUGGAGCACAAAAAAGUGGACGAUGGAAGUGUGGCUACCGUCACGUACGAAGCGCUUCGUGAUAUGUUGUUGGAAUUAUUAAACGAUCAGAUAGUGGAACAGGAAAUAGUCACCCUGUGCCGGCAGUUUUCAGCUGAGUCCAAGAAGGACGUCAGCUGUGAUAAGGAGUUGGUUCGAUCUGCCAUACACGGUGAGCUGACGCGGCAACUAUGGAACGAUUUGGAGCGUACAAAGGAGCACAUGUAUCACUUGAAUCCCAUUGCCGAAAAAUGGAUGAGUCCACGGGAUAUAGUGGUAACGGUGAAGGCGUGUAGAAUUCCAUUGGACAAAGCGCUGAUAGAUGCCAUGUUGGAGGUGUUAAACCGAAACGACCGUGGAGAGAUUGAAAUGAAAGAUUUCCUAAACAUGUUAAACCCCGUUGAGGUGCCCUGUAGGCCACUACAGCCGCUCAAUAUCAAGCACGACGUCUGCUACUUCACCCCGUAUCGGGUCACCGGAAACUUAGUCGACUGGGACAAACUGCUAAACAGUAUCGAUUUGGAGGUGGCUCUGACUACUCAAACAUCUUGAUCAAAUCACCAGAUCC